CCCGCGGCUCGGUCUCGGCGGUCCCCUCCUCCUCCGCCCCGAGUCCUGACUUUCUCCCUCCUUCCUUCAGAGGAUGUCCUCCUUCCAGCUCAGCCUCAACCCGCUCAAGGAGCCGCUCGGCUUCAUCAAGGUCCUCGAGUGGAUUGCUUCUAUCUUUGCUUUUGCCACCUGUGGAGGUUUUAAGGGCAAAACGGAAAUUCAAGUGGGUUGUCGUAAAUUUAAUGACAACAAAACAGUUACUGCUACUUUUGGAUAUCCAUUCAGGUUGACUAAGGCAUCAUUUGAGGCACCUAACAAUGCAAAUGUGUGUGAUAUAAAUUGGAAAAGUUAUGCCCUUAUUGGAGAUUACUCUUCUUCUGCGCAAUUUUCUGUUACGUUUGCAGUCUUUGUCUUCCUGUACUGCAUGGCUGCUCUUCUGCUCUAUGUUGGUUAUACGAACCUAUAUCGGGAAAGUCGAAAACUUCCCAUGGUUGACUUUAAUGUUACUCUUAUUGCCACUUUUUUAUGGUUGGUGAGCACUUCAGCCUGGGCUAAAGCUCUUACAGAUAUUAAAGCAGCUACUGGUUACAGUAUUGUCCAGGAACUUGAGCCUUGUAAGCAUCCAGGAGUGAUGUGGACUUUUGGCUCCGUGACUAGUAUGGGAUCCCUAAAUGUAUCUGUGAUCUUUGGCUUUCUGAAUAUGAUACUUUGGGGAGGAAAUGCAUGGUUCGUGUACAAGGAGACCAGCUUACACAGUCCAUCAAAUACUUCUGCUUCUCAUAGUCAAGGAGGUAUCCCACCUCCUGGAAUAUAAUUAAAGGGAGGAGUACACUGUAUGAAACUUAG